AUCAAACAUGGUUGCUAAAGAAUUGGACUAUAUCAGAUCCAAGGACAAUGCUGAUGGUUCGUCCCUCGAAAAGAAUGGCGGUGUUUACAUCGAUGCCUUCGAUGCCCAGGAUAACGGCCCCAAAUUGAAGGGUUUUGCCAAAUGGGUAGAUGACUUUAAGAGAGUCGAUGACUCCCACUUGGGUAUCGACCCCAACUUGUCGGAAACCGAGAAGUUGGCCAUCAAGACCGCCAAUGCUCCUUUGGCCAGAAAAUUGAAAAACAGACAUUUGCAGAUGAUUGCCAUUGGUGGUAGUAUCGGUACUGGUUUGUUUGUGGGUUCUGGUGGUGCCAUGAGAAAUGGUGGACCGGCCGGUGUGUUGAUUGCAUACUUUUUGAUUGGUACCAUGAUGUAUACCACCGUGCAGUCAUUGGGAGAAUUGGCUAUUACGUUUCCAGUUUCAGGUGCGUUUGUGACAUACAACUCGAGAUUCAUCGACCCUUCGUGGGGUUUCGCUAUGGCCUGGAACUAUGCUAUGCAGUGGUUGGUGGUGUUCCCCUUGGAAAUGGUGGCAGGUGCCAUUGUUGUGCAGUACUGGAACAAAGAUAUUAAUUCGGCCGCGUUUGUGGCCAUCUUUUGGACAGGUAUUGUGGCUAUUAACUUUUUUGGGGUCAAAGGAUACGGUGAAGCCGAAUUUGUCUUUUCCAUCAUUAAGGUAGUGGCCGUGAUUGCGUUCAUUUUCUUGGGUAUUAUUUUGGCUGCCGGUGGAGGUCCUAAUCAUGAAUACAUUGGUGGUAGAUACUACCAGCACCCCGGUGCCUUUGCACACGGAUUUAAAGGUGUUUGUGUCAACUUUGUAUCUGCGGCCUUUGCUUUUGCCGGUACCGAAUUAGUUGGUUUGGCCGCGGCUGAAACCAAAGAUCCAAGAAAGUCCUUGCCAUCUGCCACCAAGCAGGUGUUUUGGAGAAUUACCUUGUUUUACAUCAUCUCGUUAUGUUUGGUGGGAUUGUUGGUGCCAUACACCGACCCUCAAUUGGUGGGUACUUCUUCUUACGAUGCCAAUGCCUCUCCAUUUGUAAUUGCCAUUGAGGACGCGGGAAUCAAAGGCUUGCCUUCCGUGAUGAACGCCGUUAUUUUGAUUGCUGUGUUAUCUGUGGGUAACUCGUCGGUGUACGGUUCUUCCCGUACGUUGGCAGCUUUGGCAGCUUCUGGUCAAGCUCCAAAGAUUCUUGGAUAUAUUGACAAGACCGGUAGACCUUUGGUGGCCAUUAUCGUCCAGUGUGUAUUUGGAUUGAUUGCUUUCAUCACCGCUUCUGACAAGUCGGGAGAUGUGUUUGACUGGUUGUUGGCCUUGUCAGGAUUGUCUUCGAUUUUCACCUGGGGUUCGAUUAACUUUUGUCACAUCAGAUUCAGAAGAGCUUUGGCCGUACAAGGUAGAACUACCGAUGAAAUCGCCUUUGUUUCCCAAGUGGGUGUAUGGGGUGCUGCUUAUGGAUUGGGAUUGAACAUUCUUGUGUUGAUUGCCCAAUUCUGGGUUGCUUUGUUCCCAUUGGGAGGAUCUCCAAAUGCUUCCGAUUUCUUCAUGGCAUAUUUGGCUGUUCCUGUUGUGAUUUUGUUCUACGUAGGUCACAAGCUUUGGACUAAAAACUGGAAGCUUUACUUCAGAGCCUCAGAAAUUGACAUUGACACUGGUAGAAGAGAGUUGGACUUGGAUUUGUUAAAACAAGAAAUUGCCGAAGAGAGAGCUUAUAUUGCCUCCAAGCCAUUGUACUACAGACUUUACCACUUCUUCUGUUAAUGUAAUAAUAAUAUACAUAUUUGAG